AUGCUAGCACCGAUGAUGAAUCACUCUCAAUUGCAAUGUCUACCCUUAAGUACUCAAUCAGAGUCAGCAAGUGUGUCAUCUGUAGGCGGUGCCUGCCAACAACAGCCACAGCAGUGCACACGUAAACGUACUGUACGAAUCAGUAGCACGCGGAAAGCUAGUGGGAUUCUUAAUUCGACAAGCAAGGUCACACUCAAACAGCAGGGUGGACCUAUACUCGGCGACAUUACCGGGCGUGUGGUCAAUCGCUCCACGUCGACCAGCCAACGGAGGCAACAGAGAACCAAGCCCAACUCAGCGCCCCAGGCACAAAGUACACACAGUACGCAUAGUACACACAACCAGCUGCUCACAGGCGAUGCAUACACGAACACGCAUACAUCGUACAGAGUGUGUGGAGUUGCCUCACCGACUGCACAAGACUUUGUGGAACGCGGAACCGCCAGAAGAGACGAUUGGCUGGCCAGAUGCGAGGUGGACACCCGAUAUGCCAUCACUGACGAGUUUCUCGAAGACAAACAUCCAGAGAUCACCGACAAGAUGCGUUGUGUGCUUCUUCACUGGCUGGGUCUGGUGUGUGUUGAACAUGAAUUACAAACACGCACAUACCAGACAGCUUGCAUGAAUGUGGACAGGUUUCUCUCGGAGUCUCGUACCCCCGUACUCAAGGAGCACUUCCAGCUGCUCGGAGCUACGGCGCUGAUGAUGGCGAGUAAAGUGCAUGAAUCGUAUCCCAUUGAGGUCAGCAGGCUGGCCGCUUUAACCUGCGGAGCCUGCUUUGCGGACGAGAUAGUGCUUAUGGAGACUCAUAUGUGCCAAGUGUUGAGAUGGCAACUCACUCCCAUGACAACCUGUGAAUGGCUAUCUUUCUACCUGUCUUUACUGCCAAACCGAAAUUUCCAGGAGGAUGUCACGCUUGACGAAUUCUCGCUGCAUCAAACACUUGCCGAACCGGAUGGUGUACUCACAACCAACGAGCAGAAGGAAUACUACAAGAAAGCCUUGGAGAUACUCAAUGUGGUCACCCUUUUGCCAAAUGGUAAAGCGGUUAGUGCCCGAGUACUAGCUUUUGCGGCACUCUCCUGGGUAUUGCCACAGACUACUACCACACAAUUGCAAGAGAGAAUUCGCACAGAGUUCCUGGCGGAAGAAGCUGAGUACUUUGUCUCACCGGAGCUGCACGAGUACUUGCAUAAAAUAGUCUACUCCGAUCGGAUUUCUUUACAGGCACAAAUGGACAUUACCUCUUGCGACGCGAAUAAACUUGGCCGUAUUAGCAUCCACUCGUGCUCCUUCAGUGCCGAAAAUUCGGACAUCCUAGACAUAUACGAAGACCUGCACGGAGAAUAGGUUUGCUUUCCUAGACCAUUGUGACCUGUCCCGUAAGCCGGGGCAUCAGUCGCACUUUUCACGAUCAGGAGAGGGGUUAUGUAAUCCUAAACGAAAAAGAAGCAUCUCAGCACGCAAGUACUAAGAGGGCAGAGUUGACACCUUCAGUAUGGAAAAUGGAUCCGUACACAUUCCUAUCGAAUCCUAACAAGUAUCUAAGUGCAAAUUGAGUUGACGGCGAGUUUGUAACUGCGCCGUGCCAUGAUGUAAGGAUUAAAAUGCCUGAGAUUGUCGCCUUGAGAGACUCAUCAUAGCCUUUGUGCC